AUGGAGAAGCGCGACUAUGCGGCUGCGGUCGCGGCGCUGAACACGCUGCAGUCCAACUUUUCCAUUGUCGAUGCCAUCCGGAAGUCCGGCCGCGGCAUGAACAAACAGGCGAUACCAGAAAUGAUCGAGUGGUGUCGCAAAACCGGAUAUGAGCCCGCCGACUUCGAUCGACUGAGGCCCGUCCACAUUGCCGGCACCAAGGGCAAAGGCUCCACAAGCGCCUUCAUCUCGUCGAUUCUCUCGCAGUACACGUCUCCUUGUGCGCCACAGGCCACGCCCCCCUCCAAGAUCGGGCUCUACACCUCGCCGCACCUGCGCUUCGUGCGCGAGCGCAUCCAGAUCGACAAUGAGCCCAUCUCAGAGGAAAAGUUUGCCAAGUACUUCUUCGAGGUAUGGGACAGGCUCGAGGCGGCGGCCAAAACAGAAGGCUCGCCUGCAGACGUGCCGACAAAGCCCGUAUACUUUCGCUAUCUGACACUCAUGGCGCUGCACGCAUACCUCAACGAAGGUGUCGACUCGGCCGUCAUAGAGUGCGGCAUUGGCGGCGAAUAUGAUAGCACCAACAUCUUGACCACGCCCACCGUUACAGCCGUGACCAGCUUGGGCAUAGAUCAUACGGCGAUGCUAGGCUCCACGCUUCCCGAGAUCGCGUGGCACAAGGCUGGAAUCUUCAAGGAGGGCAGCGUUGCCAUGACGGUGCGCCAAAAAGACGAAGCAAUGAAAGUGCUACAGGAGCGAGCCGCGGAAAAGGGCGCGAAGCUGCACAUUGUCGACGUGCACCCAAGACUGGCAAACAACGAAAUCAAACUUGGACUGGGCGCUGCAUUCCAAAAGAUCAACGCAUCAGUAGCCAUUGCUGCCGCAGCUGCUCAUCUGCGUGCGCUCGGCCACUCGUCCAUCCCAGACCCGACGGCUGUUCCACACAUUGAACUCCCCCCCGAGUUUGUUCGUGGUCUGGAACAGGUGCGCUGGGCGGGCCGAUGCGAGAUACGGCGCGAGCCCAAUGUCGCAUGGCACAUUGAUGGCGGGCAUACCAUGGAGAGCAUCGAGGUGACUGGCCAGUGGUUUGCCGAGCAGAUCAAAGCUGCUACUUCAACGUCGGCAUUUGAUUCUCAGAUUCCCCGGAUCCUCAUCUUCAACCAGCAAACGCGAGAUGCAGGUGCGCUGGCCAAGGCCCUGUAUGCGACUCUGCAGAGCGGCAUGACUUGGGGCUCAACGUCGCCCUUUAGUCAUGCCAUCUUCACGACCAACCAGACGUUCAGCGAGGGCUACAAGCCUGACCUGGUGGCCAUCAACACCAACCAGCAAGAGGUCGACAGCCUAGCUGUGCAGAAGGCGCUUGCAAGCACAUGGUCGGAGAUUGACAGCACGGCAGAAGUGCAUGUGCUGCGUACAAUCGAAGAAGCGGUUGCGACGGCGAGAAAAGUAGCACGCAGCUACGCGACGAGGGCGGGUGCUGAAGCUGAAGUUAUGGUGCUGGUGACUGGCAGCCUGCAUCUAGUUGGCGGUGCGCUGGAGGUACUGGAAACAGAGACGACGCGAUAG